GCAAUCUCGUGUAAACGCAUGGUGUGAAUUUUAUUAAACGCAAAAUCUACGCUUGUGCUUGUAAGAACUCGUAAAUUUACAAUUUACAAUCGUUGGUUGUUUUUUAUUCACCAUUUAUUUAUCAGCUUUUAACAAUCAGCAACAUGCCGGAAAUUACGACUAAUGGAGACCAUGAGAAGAUCAAUGGUGAGCAUCAGGAGCAAGAAGAGGAAAUAGAUCCUCAUUUCGAGCCAAUUAUUUCCUUGCCACUGAUUGAUGUGUCGAGCAACGAGGAGGAUGAAGUUGAGAUGCUUAAACUGCGUGCUAAGCUGUACCGUUAUGACUCAUCAAAUGAUCCACCAGAAUGGAAAGAAAGAGGUACCGGUGAUGUUAAAUUAUUAAGACACAAAACCAAACAUACAGUUCGAGUGGUAAUGCGACGGGAUAAAACGUUGAAAAUAUGCGCAAAUCAUUUUAUUACCCCUUGGAUGGAAUUGAAACCUAAUUGCGGUAGCGAUCGUGCCUGGGUUUGGAGUGUGUUAGCUGACUACGCUGAUGAAUUACUCAAGCCGGAAUUACUUGCCAUCAGAUUUGCUAAUGCUGAAAACGCUUCUCUUUGGAAAGAAACAUUUGAAAAAGCAAAAAAAAUAGUCGGUACUGAAUGCGAGAUCUACGCAGGAAAAAACAAUCCUGACGCUGAAGCUGACAGUGACAGUGAUUCGAGUUACAACGGAACGGAUGAGAGUGAUGCUGAGGAUAAAGCACCAGAGAAUCCAGAAAAAGAGAGCAAUGAAAAGGAAGCGACAAAUACAAAUAAAACAGACUCGAGUACUGACCAAGUGACUGAACAACUCACAAAUCUUGAUGUCAAAGAUACUAAAGAGGAAUAGUAAUCAAGGACUUUUUAUAAUCCAUGUAAAUUUAAUAUUAAUUACUUAUAAUUAUAUUAAUAGAUAAACAUUCCCGCGUAUAAGAAUGGUGCAAGUGAAAAUGUUGAUUGCUUUAGACAUUUCUUAUUGUUAAUAAUUCAUAUUGAUAACAUUUUAAUAAUAAUUAAAAUCACAGAAGUUUUUUUUAAGUUCAAAUAUCUUGUUCAUAAUUCUUAACGCUUAAUUUAUACGGUUUUGCAUACUUAUCUGUGAUUUAUUCUUUUUUUUUAUUACUAUUUUAUCUUACGACUCAUAUUUUAGUGUGAUGGUAAACAAAACAACGUUUGAUCAUAAUUGUAGUAGUUAGUUUUUAAUUUAAGUAUUUGUACGGCAUUUAUUACGAUUGAAUUUAUAAUCACACUUAUUUUUAAAACUGUUAACUUUUAAGAGCAAACAGUAAUUCGAUAAAUAAAUUUCAACUUAUUCCUAUAAAAAA